CGCGUAGUUGGUGCCACGUAGCCUUAUAUGAAAGUCUUUAAACCGGACUGAUAGCUUGAACCGCAAUCAAUUUAUUGUAGUUACGACACGUGCAAAUUGUUUAUACCCUUCGUGUUAAAAUUUUGGCACAAACUUUUCUUAAAUAAUAAUAGAAGAUGUCUUACAGACAUUUCAGCGUUAUGUAUAGGACCAUAUGUAUUGCGUGUGUAGGUCUUUUAUCGUUUAUUAGUUUAGUAAACAGUGCACCAGCACCUACAAAACGUCCACAACAACCAGUUAGUCAGAAUGAAGAACAAGCCCCACCAGAUGCAAAUCCAGUAAACACAGGUUUGUAUUAUGAUCAGUAUCUACAGAAGGUGAUAAAACUUCUUGAGAGUGAUGAGUCGUUUAAAAAGAAAAUGGAAACUGCCGAUUUGGAUGAUAUUAAAAAUGGUGCAUUGAGCAACGAGUUAUACAGCGUAUCUGGAGAAAUAAGAACAAAACUUGAUGCUUUAAAAAAAGAAGAAUUAAACAGACUGAGAAAGAUUCUGCAUGCAAAGGUUGAAUUGGACAAAGGUCGCAAAGUACAGAGGAGUGGAUAUCUUAAACAAAUAGCCAAUCAUCUUGACCAUGGAAGUCCGCACACAUUUGAAGCAGAUGAUUUGACCAAACUUAUCAAAACAGCAACAUCUGACUUGGAAAAUUUUGAUCGUGACCGGCAUGAGGAGUUUAAGAAGUUUGAGAUGAGGAGGGAGAUGAAAAGGGAAGAGAAACUGAAGAUGUUGGAUGAACAGGAGAGAAAGAAGGCAGAAGAUGACUACAGAAAACAUCAGCAAGAAUUGGCCGAUAAAUCAUCUAUACAUCACCCGGGAAGCAAGGCACAGCUUGAGGAUGUUUGGAAUGAGGAAGAUGGGCUUGGAGAACAGGAGUUUAAUCCUAAAACCUUCUUCAAAAUGCAUGAUGUAAAUGGAGAUGGGUACAUGGAUUCAAUGGAACUUGAAGCUAUAUUUGAUAAAGAUCUUUCCAAAGUAUAUGCGGACAACAGUGAAGAGAGCAUCAUGCAGAUGGAAGAGGAGAGGACACGGAUGCGGGAGCACGUGAUGAAGGAGGUUGAUAAGAACAAUGACGGUCUCAUCACUCUGGAAGAGUUUCUUAAAUAUUCAGACACACCAGAGUUUGCAAACCCGGAUGAAAACAGUUAUAAGACAAUUGACCAAAUGCUGUUGGAGCACACUCUCUACACACAAGAUGAGCUUCGUAAAUACAGAGAGAACAUUUCUGACCAAGAACAAGAGAUUAAAGCAAAACUUGAAGUAUUGAAAGCACAAGCGAAGACGUUGGGUGGAAUGAGACGGGAACUUGGUGAUAAUAGGCGAGAAGCUGCACUGGAUGGUAUCCAAGAGCAUGAACAAGCAUACUUGGAACACAAGGAACAACAAAUAAAACAACAGGAAGAAAAAAUACAGGAGUUGCAUAAAGAUCUUCAGCAACAAAGUAAAGAGGUUUUGCAAAUGAAAAGUGAAAUGGCAAAGCAUGAAGCAUCUGAAAAAGCGGUUUCAAAUAUUAAGUUAAAGCUGGACAGCAUGCCUGAAGGUGCUGCUAAGGAUGAAGCUGUAGCUAAGGCUCACAAAGACCUUCAGACUGUAAAGAAAGCCCAAGGACUCGUGGAUGAUGAUACUCAACUCAAACCAUCAGAUCCAGCUGCACCUCCUGUUCAUGACCAAGCUGCACAGCAAGCACAGUUAGCUGCACAACAGGCACAACAAGCUCAAGCAGCACAACAGGCACAAGCAGCACAACAAGCUCAAGCAGCACAACAGGCACAAGCAGCACAACAAGCUCAAGCAGCACAACAAGCUCAAGCAGCACAACAAGCGCAAGCAGCACAGCAGGCACAAGCUGCCCAACAAGCGCAAGCUGCUCAACAAGCGCAAGCUGCCCAACAAGCGCAAGCUGCUCAACAAGCGCAAGCUGCCCAACAAGCGCAAGCUGCACAACAAGCGCAAGCAGCACAACAAGCUCAAGCAGCCCAACAAGCACAAGCAGCCCAGCAAGCCCAAGUUGUACCCUAACCAUAAAAGUGUUUUUUUAAGUAUCAACUGUGUCAAAAUCAUUUUUGUCUGACUUGGAAUUUCACAUUUAAACGCACUUAAGCUUAGACAAACUAAAGUUUUUUCAUCAGGGGUAAAUCAAAUUUAAAUGAGUAUUUGUAACCAUGCAUUACAUGUUACAUGAUAGGAAUUGGAUAAUACUUGGUACUAACUGUCGGGGAAUGUGCAUUUAUAGAAAGUUUGAUGUAAAUACUGCCAACUACUUUCAAAUCCUAUAUUUUAAGGCUUCUGUAUGUAAGCCUACAUAAUACAUCGUAGCGCAGUUAUUUUUACUUAAAAUAUUUUUGACAAAACUUUAAAAAUCUUGUUAUAUUUAUUUAUGCUAGAGUCUGUUUUAUUGUACACUUCUAUCUUGAUAAGAUCUAUAUGAAGCCUAUUUCCAUUAGAAAUUAUUUUAUACACAGAUAUCUGUUUGUUUUUUGUUCAAAUAGGAAGGCAGUUCAAAAUAUCGUUUUACUUGUAAAUCUAUUUUGUUUGCAGUUUUAAUCGCAGUUACUGAACUUUUUCAAUUGGGAAUUCAAUUUCUUAUUUGUCAGUUUGUGCCAAGUGGUUGACAUAAGCUAAUAAACUAAAGAGAGUGGAAAA